UUGCACGAGCUAACAUGUAGAGUCAAACCCUUCAAUAAUCAAGUAAUCUCUCUUUGUUUUGGAGAUCUUUUUUCUUUUCUUUUCUUUAUCUUUUACAAUAUGGUUUCUUUGGUGCUUGCUCGAACAGUUAUUGGUAUUAUAGGAAAUAUUAUUGCACUUUUCUUGUUCUUGUCUCCAUUGCCAACCUUUGUCACAAUAUGGAAGAAGGGAUCGGUCGAGCAGUUCUCGCCGAUCCCGUACCUUGCAACGCUCGUGAACUGCCUAGUUUGGGUGUUGUACGGGCUGCCGGUGGUGCAUCCGGGAAGUAUUCUAGUUAUUACCAUUAAUGCAGCCGGAACUCUAAUCGAGCUGAUUUACAUAAUUCUCUUCUUCGUCUUCUCCAAUCGGAAGAAGCGGGUGAAAGUCAUCCUCGUGCUACUUGUCGAGGUCGUCUUCAUCACGCUUUUGAGCCUUCUGGUUCUGUUCAUCUUUCACACUCAUAGCAAGAGAUCCAUGGUGGUUGGAACCAUUUGCAUUCUCUUCAACAUUGGCAUGUAUGCUUCUCCAUUGGCAGUCAUGAAAUUGGUGAUUAAAACAAAGAGUGUGGAGUAUAUGCCUCUGUCACUCUCUGUUGCUUCUUUUGCCAAUGGUGUGGCUUGGACUAUUUAUGCUUGCCUCCCUUUUGACCCUUAUAUUUUGAUUCCAAAUGGGCUGGGCACACUAUUUGGGCUGGCCCAAUUGAUACUGUAUGCCAGCUUUUACAAAUCAACAAAGCUUCAAAUAGAAGCAAGGCAAGUGAAAGGGCAGGUGAUUUUAUCAGAUGGAAAAGAGUCUUGGAAGAAUGACAACAUUGAGUGUGGAAAUGCUAGAACUGAAGGCCAUGGAACUUGAUGGACUCGCAGCAUCUCCACCGUCCAUCUGUCACUUUUGUUAAAUAUAUAUAGAUAAAAAGAUUAUAAAAAAAAAAAAAAAAAAAAGGUCUUUGAUUUUAAAGAGUUUUAGCAAACUCCUCAUGUUUUAAUUUGGAGGGUAAUAACAGAUGAUCACUGCACAGACCAGUGGCAGACAAUUGGCAAACCUUGUAAUGCCAUUUUGAGUGUUUUCUUUUCUUCUUCUUUUCAUUUUUCCCCUUCCUUUUUUGGUCCUAGCUUUGUUUUUUGUUUAAUCUAUGUAUGUUGGAGAAGCUACAAUGUUUGAAUCAAUGGAUUUUUCUGA